UUCUUGCCUUACUGAUCCCAAUUUUCCUCCUUCUCUUUCUAUAGAUUUGUCCUACACCUUUUUCUCUAUUUAGUCUCUCCCUCUCUGAUUUUUUUUCUUGCCUCAUUUCUCUUUAUUUCUAUUUGAUUUUGCCCUAUGCAUCAUUGGUUUUGGUGUUCUUUUUGUGCCCUUUUCUGUUUCUCUUUCCUAAAAAGACAGGCUGCUUGUAUGAAGCUUCAGAAAUGUCGGAAGGAUGGGUAACAAUUGUUGAUGGACUUAAAAUAAGCAAGGAGAAAGGAUUUUUUAGAUCAAUUUUUUCCUGAUCUGAGAGAUUUGAAAUCUACUAGAAAGCACAGAGAUCCAAAUGUAAAUGAAAUCUUUUCUUAGAAUAAAUCUCUGAUUCUUACAGUGGCAUCCACUGGUGUGAUAAGCCAAACUACAUUUGAGAUAACUUGCUUUUUAAUCAAGCAACACAACAAUGCUUCAAGAAAUUGGGAGUUUUCACCUUCUCUCAAGCAGAUGCAAGAUAAUGUUGAAGACCUCCAGUGUUCCCUGAAUACUCAAAACACUGAGAAUAUCUACAAAACAACAAAAGUGGUAGAAGUUGGUGUGCUUGAAAAUGUCAGAUUAAAAGCAGUAUUAAAUAUUUCAGAGAACAUCGUCUGCCACUGGGUUUUUAAAGAGAUCUGGAAAAAAUGUAAUUCCUCUCUGGAUUUGGAGAACCGGCAUAUCAUUUCAGUGGAGUUCCCACAAAUCAAAGAAACCCAAGGGGGAAAUCACACACUAUUCAUUACAACUGAAACCAACAACUAUACUAUAGUAUUUAUGUUAAAUAUAAGAAGAAGCCCAGGAAAGCCAUAUUUUAUGAAACACGGUGAUGAAGGUGUGAGAUGCAUAUCAGAGGGACAUCCUACACCAGUUCUUGAAUGGCUCCCUUGCCAGGUUCCUGACGACAAGUGCAGAUUUGUUUCUGGAGACCUGAUAACUGAGAAAGCACAGCUCCACUUAAGACAAGAGGACUUGUUAUUUGAACCGCAUGUAUGGUGCUGUGCAACUAAUAACCUGGGGAAAGUAUGCACGGAGCUUUAUACAAUAGAUCUGAGUGGAACAUCUGAAAGCCCUGUGCAGGAACUUUUUCUCAGAGUUGGAGACCCAUUGUUCUUAAGAUGCAGAUCCAAAUAUAACACUUCUCAGUUUGGAAAUAAGUGGCAUUUUGGAAACGAGCAAUUAAAAAAGAAUAUGAUCCUAGAAGGAAGAUGGUUAUUGAGUUCAUCUUGGGUUAAGACUCUGUAUGCAUUUAUGUCAUCCGUGGAACCCCAUAAUGAUGGUAAUUAUACUUGCUCUUCUAAAGAAAUUGCUGCCGAGAAAACUGCUGUAGUUAGAAUUUUAGAUAAAGGGUUUAUCAAUAUAACCAAUGCAAAGGAAGAUUUUGAAGUUGGCAUAGAAGAAGAUACUUGCCUUGAAGUUAAACUUAAAGCCUACCCACCAAUUAGAUGCAUUUGGAUAUUUUCCCAAAUAUCAUUUCCAUGUCAGCAAAAUUACACAGACACUUACAGUAUCUCUGCAAGAUUCUGUGACCAUAAAAACCAACCAGGAGAAUAUUUGUUCUAUGCAGAAAAUAGUGAUGUGUUUGUAAAGAGGACAUUAAGACUCUAUGUGAAGAGCAAACCUAAAAUAAAAAUGAGCUCAACAUUUAAUCAGUUAUCUUGCACUGCUGAAAGCAAUCCUGCUCCAUUGUGGAUCUGGAAGGAAUGUUACAGAAAACAUAUUAAUUGCACUGAAAUCACAGAUGGAAUUUCAAAUGAAAAACGUCAAGGAACAAUAUUUGGAUCCUGGAUCUCAAGCAGCACUUUAAAUACAAAGAACAUACAAACUGGACGUUUCAUUGAAUGCUGUGCAAACAAUUUAGUUGGCUAUUCUUGCGAAUCUUAUUUUAUUGAACCAAAAGGUAAUGUUUUGCUGUAUGCAACAUUUGGAGUCUGUUUUCCAAUUAUUGUUGGGUUGUGCAUAAUAACUUGCCGAAACUAUAAAAAGCAAUUUAGAUAUGAAAGACAACUGCAUAUAAUACAAAUGGUUGGUCCUUCCGACAAUGAAUACAUCUACAUUAAUUUCAGUGAGUUGGAAUAUGAUGUCAAGUGGGAGUUUCCCAGAGAAAAUCUGAAAUUUGGGCAAGUACUGGGCUCUGGUGCCUUUGGGAAAGUCGUGAACGCUACUGCAUAUGGAAUUAGUGAAGCUGGAGCAUCCAUCCAAGUUGCCGUCAAAAUGCUUAAAGAAAAAUAUGACUCUUUGGAAAAAGAUGCUCUAAUGUCUGAACUCAAAAUGAUGAUUCAUAUUGGAAGUCAUGAAAACAUUGUGAAUCUGCUAGGAGCAUGCACCAAGUCAGGACCAGUUUACUUAAUUUUUGAAUAUUGUUGCUAUGGGGACCUCCUGAACUACUUACGAAGCAAAAGAGAGACCUUUCACAAAACGUGGGCUGAAGUCUUCAGUCGGCACAAUUUCAGUUUUUACCACAAUUUUCGAAGACAGAUCAAUUCAAGGGCACCCUUUGUUUCCAGAAAUGGAAUCAUAGUAACAAAUGGAUCAUAUCUACCAGUUGGACAAAUGGAUCAUUCAUAUGCAAAACAAGACUUAGAUGUGAUCUCUAAAAUAUAUGGAAGUGCCCUGCUUUCAGAGGAAGAUGAAUUGAAAUAUGUGAACAGGAAACUAGAUGUUGAAGAAAGCCUCAAUAUACUGACUUUUGAAGACCUUCUCUGCUUCUCAUAUCAAGUUGCCAGAGGAAUGGAGUUUCUGGAAUCAAAAUCAUGUGUUCACAGAGAUCUAGCAGCCAGGAAUAUACUAAUCACUUAUGGGAAAGUGGCCAAAAUAUGUGACUUUGGACUUGCCAGGGAUAUAAUGAAUGAUUCAAACUAUGUUGUCAGAGGAAAUGCUCGUUUACCUGUCAAAUGGAUGUCCCCUGAAAGUUUGUUUGAAGGGAUAUACACAAUUAAAAGUGAUGUCUGGUCUUAUGGAAUCUUACUCUGGGAAAUAUUCUCUCUUGGCAUCAAUCCUUACCCCGGAAUGCAAGUUAAUGAGAAAUUCUACAAGCUUAUUCAAAAUGGAUUUAAGAUGGACCGUCCGUUUUAUGCUACAGAAGAAAUAUAUGUCCUACUGUGUUCCUGCUGGGCUUUGGACUCCAGAAAAAGACCAUCCUUUUCGCAGCUGCUUUCCCUUCUGGCAUGCCAACUGGCUGAGGCAGAAGGAGCAGCAUGCCAGGCAGAUCAUACUGAUACCUCUAAGCACACUUCCAGUUUCAAGUGCAACCCAGAUAUGAGGAGAGAAGCAGAGUUCACUGUUCCUCUGUUGGAUGAAGAUACGGCAAGGGAAAAAUAAAGCAGACUUUUUUUUUCUUUACAAAAUAAGCCAUAUAAGCUGAAGGAAAUCAAAAGAAAUUACUUUGCCUUCCUUAAAGAGUCUAAUUUGCUGCUAUUGCCAUUGAAUUUCUCAUAUCAAUUCUAUCCAUUUUGCUUCUCAGCUGAAAUUUGGUACGGGUCUCCUUCAAUUUCACUAACAGGAUAGAAGAUUUCUUUUAUACGAGCCUCAUUUUAAAGCAUGGUUGACUCACAAGUUGUUGUUGAAUUUCUUUCAAAAUUGUAUGCAUCUCUAAAGUCAAGGUCAACAUUCCAGAUCUUUGUAUUUCAACAGAUGCAGAGAGUAAAAAAAUAUCCAUAUAUUGGUAAUUGAAAUUCCCAAUCAUGAAUGUAUUAUAGCCUGAGCUUAACUCACACAGUUCAGCUAAUUGCACUUAUAUCCUAACCAAAUAUAUAACCAAAGGGUUAUAUCAGCUGUCAGGAGGACAAGCACAUACUGUAGAUAUGGAUAUUUAUGGAAAUAAUGAAUUUGGGUAGAUUAUCCCUGAAUGUACCUGCAGACCACAGGCUGUUUUAUACUAUUUCAAAGUGAUGUUAAAGAUAAAUAAAAGGUUUUAUCAGGCAUGAAAUCCUGGCAUUCUUUAUGUAUUGUUACUGAGAUUGAUAAAAUCCAGGAAAACAAUAUUUGGGGCAGGAAUGCAAGAAAAUUUUAAAUGAAAUUGGAACAACAGCAUUCAAAUUUUGGGAGGUAAAAUUUGUUCAAAAUUUUAAUUGCAGACACUAUUACAAAAUAAAGCAGCUGCCAUACAUUAGAAGUGGCCCAUCACAAAGCACCCAUUGAAAGCAACCGAAUUAGGAUCCUUCUUACCAUCCUUUCCAAGACCUCCUACAAACUUCUCACCACCUAUUCUUCUUUCUUUAGUUAACCACCAUUUUUAUUUUCUAGAAAUGUAAGCCCUUAACAAGCCCAGAAACUUAAUUGCAAAUUAUACAAAUGGUGAAGAGUGGUGCCUUGUUUUUGGCAUGCCAGCUGUAAAUCGGGAGAACAGGCAGGUUGGUAGAGGAUUUGGGGAAAUCUAGGUUUAGAGCAUCUAAAUAACUUUAUAAAAGAUAUAACUACUUGGCCACAUUAAAAAAAAGCAAGGGAAGAUAUUCUUCAAAAGCAGAAAGAAAAACUUAAAAUGCAGCAUACAGAACAAAGAAAGGGGUGGUGUACAAAGUCAUGCAACACCCCCCUCCUCCCCCCCAUCUCUCCUUCUCUAAAUAAAAGGCAGGGCAGGAGAAAAUCUACAAAAGAUUUGUUGAGUUUGCAAGCAUAACAGGAAAGAAAGAGAAUCAAAAAUGCUAACUUAGAUUGUCCAGUCCACUAUGGUCUCCAAUAAAUUGGAUCCAGAGUUAGAACUGUAAACUUAAUAGAACUUAGCUAUUUUAUAAUUCAUAAUUAACACAUGAUAUUAUUUGAUAGAUGACUCAAUCAAUGCAUUCACCCCAUACAAGAAAUCUAUUCUUCUGUUAUUCUAAAGUAAAUAUCUAGUGAAAUGAUCAGGAACAUUCUAGACAAACAGCAAAGAGCCAUUUAACAACUGAGAGCCUUGGGAGGAAUAAUCAACUAUUAAAAUUUUUGCUGACUACUAGAAUCAAUGUGUUCUCCACAAUUAUCUUCAGUAUUAAGGACUUUUGGUAACUUUUCCAGUAUUUAAAUGAUUGUUUGAAUAUUCAGUAUAACUGGAUAGCAGUUUAUACUUGCUAAUUAAUGUGUAGCAACAUUUGACAGCAAUGUGCAAUUGAAUUACUGUAGUACUGAAUGAUCUCUUACAGUUGGCAUGCUUUUAUAUACCAUUUAUACCUGCCAAAAUCAAAAGAUGCUGUCAUCCUUAAUUUUUUAUAGCAGUGCCAAUUCCAGAUUUCAGUCUUCAUUUUUGAAAUUGGUUUGGGGAUUAAAGCAAAUUUAUAAGUUUUUUUAAGUUUAAUUUCAUUACAAUAAACAUUGGAACAGGAAUAUUAUUCAAAGGAUAUGAUUGCUCUCCUUUUUGAUGCAAGAAUGACAGAUUACUAUUGGAAACUCUGGUAUUGUAUAGAUCAGGCAACUGAUUGUAUGCAUUCCAGCUUCAAUGUAAGUCAUGACUAAAUUAAAUGUGUGGCUUUCUUCUGAUGCCACUUUUAUCAAUAUGAAGUGCAAAUGUUCAUGACAUGCCAAUUAAAUGUAGCAGGAUACAGGCAUUACUCUGGAUUUCUGAAUAGGAGCUUACUGUGAUGCUUCUGUACAUCUCUAUAAUAUAAAUUUGUGAUAUCUGGCUAAAAUAUUCAUUAUCAUCAAAUAACUUAUUUCUAUAUCCUUUCUUUAGUACAUAUUAUGUGUUUAAACUCAAUUUCCACCAUUAUAUUAAAUAGGCUCAGAUCUAUUCUUUCUUUAUUUUGAGCAGAGAUGGUCAUUUUAUUCUGAUUACUUAUUCUUUUUUUACAGUUUUACACAGAUAUUGCUGCUGCUUUGUGCUGAUUUUAUUUGAUUAAUCUAUUAUUUACUUCUCUAUGCUUUUUAUACUUUGACUUUUCAAUUGUACACACUUUCAGAAAAGUAGUACAUAGUUUUUGACAAGCUAAUAUAUUUCUACAGACUUGUUGAAAUCUCGGAUGAAAUGUAGGAUGAAAAUAUACGUUGAAAAUAAAGGUGAUUUUUAUUGUG